GGAAUGAAUUUUGACCACCGAUGGACAAGGUGAGGAUGACAGUGGAAUCAAGAAGUAGUUCACUAAACACACAGCCCAUUCGUCCAAGAUUCGAAAUCAUUUUGGAAAAAAAUAAAAAUACAGAAUCGGCUUGACGACUACUCCAAUAAAGCAUCAUUAUUUACCCUGCGUGUGUUUCCAAGUUUCGCGCUCACUUUGUUGUUCUUGUUUGCCCAAUCAACCAAUCAGAGCGAAGGAAACACCACCAUAAGACUCGAGAUUUCAACGAAGUGGAUUUUUUCGUAAACGAAGUACAGAAAUUUAACAAAAAACGUGAUAUUUUUCGUGCAACCGUUAGUUCGAAUUGAGUUUUUUGUUCGAUGUUUGAUGUUUCGUUUCGAAAUAAUGUUUUGAAAUUAGCCGAGCUUUAGUAUAAUACUUAAUUUAUUGAAAAUUUCGUUUAAUUUUCGAGUUUACUUUACUUUCAAGCUUAUUUAGAUUUUGAAAAACUUCAACUAUGGGUAACAAAAGAAACAUCGAUUCGACAGAAGAAGAAAGCGAAGAGGAAUAUUCGGUAGAAAGAAUCGUCGACAAGCGUGUAACGUCCAGAGGUAAAAUCGAAUACUAUCUAAAAUGGAAAAACUACCCGGAUUCUGAAAACACCUGGGAACCGGUAGAGAACCUCGAUUGCCCACAGUUGAUCGCAGAAUUCGAAGAAAAACAAAAGAAAAAAGAAUCCGCUACCAAGAAGAAAGACGCCGAGGAGAAUACGUCUUUUAAGAAGAAGAAAUCGGCCAAUACUUCGCUAAAUAACGGUAACUCUUCGUUUUCUGCGAAAUCGAAACGCGAAAAUUCCACCGAAAUUACCAGUAAAGGAUUCGACAGGAAACUAGACCCCGAGAAGAUAAUCGGCGCUACCGAAUCGAACGGAAUUUUGAAAUUCCUCAUGAAAUGGAAAGGCCACGACGAACCCGAAAUGGUCGCCGCUAAAGAUGCCAAUGUUAAAUGCCCUCAACUGGUCAUUGAUUUUUACGAAGAACGACUCACAUGGCAUAAUGUAGAAAAUGGUAACAAAAAGUAAUAGGUUGACGUUGACCAAUUGCCUCAUCAUCAAACGGUCCAACUUGAUGUUUUAUUUUCUCUCUCUAUGUAAAAUGAUAUCAUUUUAACGAACACGGCGAUCGAUUUUACAUUACGAUGAAUUUUUUGUUGCUACCUACUAUACGUUUUAAUGCCCAAUUUAAACCGUUUUUUUUUCUUCAUUAUAUCUAUGUGUAUUUUACUUAGUAUUAUUAUAAUUUAUAUUAGAACAACAAGUAUUCGUGUAAGUAUAUUCCCAGUUAGGUAUCCAUAUUUUUGCGAUCUCUCUCAUUUCGCUUAUGAUUUUUUUAUUUUAUGUUUUUCUCUCUUUAUUUUUGUGGGUGCGCCACCGACUACAUAGGGUUUCGUAUUUAUACGUUCGAUGAAAUUUAUUCGUUGUUAAUUUAGGUAUGUCAUUUGUGUCGUAGAUAUAUAUUUUGUUUCGUGUUUGAAUCGAAUGACAGUGAAUUGUGGAUUGCGUAAAAUAUUAUGAAAAGAUUACGAACACUUUGGUAAAUCAUCGUGGACAAAUUUCAUAAGUUGUUUAAUUCAACCCAUACCUAUUACAUAAUUGAUUUUUUUAAAAACAUUGUUUUAAAUUUUUAGUGUAUAUAUCUGAAUAAAAAUGUAAUUCUA